UGAAAAUUGUGACGAUGAAGAGGGCGAAAGAUGCGGCGGGUUAUUUUCCUCACCUUAUAGUACCACUGAAUUUACUUUUUAGCAACGCAUGAAACAAAAAACCCAGCAGCUAUGACUACCAGACCUCCCGUAUCGUCAACAACAACCCCCACUGGUGCCAGACUCGGGUCAUUCUCUUCUUGGAGCAUUGCAUCUCUUCCUUCCAGUUCGUCAUUACUUUCGAGACGGACCUCCAUUUACAGUAAUGAAGAUAGAGUCGUGCUCGACAUUGGGUCCCGUCACUGCAAAGUCGGGUUUUCAGGAGAGUCAAAGCCAAGGAAAAUAAUAGCUUACUAUGCGCAAACGAGAAACAGCAAAAUAUAUAACACAUGGAACGACUUAUACGACCUGGAUUGGAUGCGCAGUGGCCGAGAUAUCACCACAGCUGAAACGACAUUAUGUGAAACACUCCAGGAGGCAUUUUUUAGAUGCCUAUUAACGGAUCCUAAACAGCGGACAGUCGUGCUAUGCGAAUCGCCCAUGAUGCCGAUCCGUAUCAAGGAAAUGAUUGCCAAUAUUUUGUUCCAUCGACUUCAAGUACCUGCACUCUGUUUUGUUCCUAGUCAUUUAUUAGCCUUGCUGACUACGGGCGAAUCAACGGGCCUUGUGAUCGACUGUGGUCAUUUGGAGACUACUGUUUUGCCGAUAUAUUUUGCACGGCCCUUGAUAACAGCUGUUCAAAUGACACCAUUGGCUGGACGCGCAGUAACCGAGUCUCUACGAGAGCUUUUAAAGUCGCAUGCCCGCAUUAUUCAAACCAGUGCAAAUAUACCGACAUCUGUUGCCCCACGGUUGACUGUGCCAGAUCAUAUUUUGUCAAACGAGCGGGUCGAAGAUAUAAAGACACGUUGCGUUCUUGUACUCCCAUCGCACACGAAUGGUGGUUACAACGACCAACAGCAGGAUAGCAGAUCGAGUGACAUGUAUUACCGUUUAGAGAAUGAUAUUGGAGGAGAAACAUUAUGGAUACCUGGAUAUGUACGUGAGCAAGCAUCAACUAUCCUAUUUACGGGAAAUCAGAACGAGGAGAUCAAUGGGAUCGGUGAAUGUAUACUCGAUUGCUUACUGAAGGUACCGACCGACCUUCGAAGGCCACUUGCAGCGUCGCUUUUGACCGUUGGUGGAACGAGUAUGAUCCCUGGUUUUCAAGCACGACUUUUACAUGAGCUGCAUAGUUUGCUUCGUACUGCAAAAUAUAAGCGUCUUGAAGGGAUAGAGAUGUGCUUCAUGACGGAUCGAGGCGCGGGCCAAGUGUUUACGCCAAACUGCCGCACUUGGAUAGGUGGAUCACUAGUGGGUACGCUCAAGAUGGCGGGCACCACUAUCCAGCGCGAAAAAUUCGAUGGAACAGUCCCUGAUUGGACAGUUGUAACCUAGAAUUGAUUAUCGUUUUUCCCGAAACUCGUAGCAACAGAAACAUGUCGGGAUCUUUUUUUUUCUCUCCAAAGAGCACAUUUG